AAGUGCAACCAUCUGAGGGCCCUCCCACCCUUGGGGCCAAAGCAGGAAGGAGGUGGGGCUUCUGAGGAGGCAGCCUGGGAGGUGACUGUGACUGUCACACUGGGGCUUUCCCAAACCAAGGCUGGAGAGAGGAAUGGAGCCCUGGCGCCCCAGCCCAAGAAACCCAAUGGACAGGAUAGAUCCUAACACCUUCCGUUUCCACUUUCCAAACCUGCUCUAUGCUUCUGGGCGGAAACUCUGUUAUCUCUGCUUCCAAGUGGAGACAGAAGACUACUUCUCGUGUGAUGACAGCGACCGGGGAGUUUUUCGGAACAAGGUCCAUCCCUGGGCUCGAUGCCAUGCAGAACAGUGCUUCCUCUCUUGGUUCCGUGACCAGUAUCCAUACCGUGAUGAAUACUACAAUGUCACCUGGUUCUUAUCCUGGAGCCCCUGCCCCACCUGUGCAGAGGAGGUGGUUGAGUUCCUGGAGGAGUACAGAAACUUGACGCUGAGCAUCUUCACCUCCCGCCUCUACUACUUCUGGGACCCAAAUUACCAGGAGGGGCUUUGCAAGCUAUGGGACGCAGGGGUCCAGCUGGACAUCAUGUCCUGUGAUGAUUUUAAACACUGUUGGGACAACUUUGUGGACCACAAGGGAAUGCGCUUCCAGAGACGGAAUCUGUUAAAAGAUUAUGAUUUCCUGGCUGCAGAGCUUCAAGAAAUCCUUAGGUGAGGGCGUCCUCAGCCCCCCUGCAGCUGCUGUUCCUUGCGUCUCGCACCUCCGCACCUCCCUCCCCAGCGCCUCAGGUCCCCGCCCCACCCCACCCCCACUUCCUCCUGCGCAUCCUCCCUCCUCCCUCAAGGCCUCCUUCUCCCCCAUGAGGGAGCCCCCAGCCUGGUUCCUCCCAUCUCACCACAUUCACCUUCUUGUUAAUAAACUGAAUGUAAAUGGG